ACCCCACACGUGGCAAACCUGCAAUUAAUCAGAACCAAAAGUCUAACGCGACAGAAAUCUGCACAUCGUUAAAUUCGAAACUAGAACUCACUCAACUUCAACGUUGAAUCAGAGUCACUGAGUUCCGGCACCGAAUCAUCAUCAUCAUCCAUGGCUAUUGAGGCUUGGUUUACGGAUGAAAGAAAUGAAGACCAAAGGUUCCCUCAUCAACGCAAACCCAACGAGCCUGUUUCGUUGGACCACUUGGCUGAGUUGGGAGUGCUGUAUUGGCAUUUGAACCCUAAGGAUUACGAGAAUGAUGAGGAAUUGAAGAAGAUUCGAGAAGCCAGAGGUUACAAUUACAUGGAUAUGCUUGAUUUACGCCCGGAGAAUGUUGCUAACUUUGAGGAGAAGCUGAGGAACUUUUAUACUGAGCACAUACAUGCUGAUGAAGAGAUACGCUACUGCUUGGAAGGCAGUGCAUACUUUGAUGUUAGGGACAAGGAGGACCGCUGGAUUCGAAUUUGGAUCAAAGCAGGUGAUCUCAUUAUAUUGCCUGCUGGAAUCUAUCACAGGUUCACUCUUGACACCAGCUAUUAUGUCAGGUUGAUGAGGUUGUUUGUGGGAGAACCAGUGUGGACAGCAUAUAAUCGGCCACAGGAUGAUCACCCAGCAAGGGAAGAGUACGUUAAAAGUUUGACUGAGAGAGUUGGGGUGCCACUUGCAGCUAAUUAGAGCUAUUGAGUACUAGAGUUUAUGCUGUUAUGCCUCUGCAUUUAUUGUCUGUAUACGUUAGCUGAUAUGCAUAGUUUGGUAAGUUUCUCAUAUACUAAACGUAGUAAAACCUUAUAUAGCUGUAUAUCAAACAUUAAACAUCAUCUAAUAAUGUAUCGCUAUUGAUGUACGUCUUAUUAUGAUUCGAUAGUGUAACUACCUUCUGUGUCUUCA